CUUUCUUAUUGACUUGAUCUACUACGUCAGUCAUUUGGCCACGCCUCCGACAUAGAGAAGCGGUUGGGGGCGGGGGAAGUAUCGUAAUUAGUUUCGUCGCCUUUUGCUGGCGUCAUAAAGUGCCCGUCUGAAGUGUGUUACAGAGCUCAGUAGCCAGUCUCUUCGACGCGCCCGUCUGCGACAUCUUAGUUCAGGCUGCUGUGGAGUAGUAACCGCCAGAAAGGAGUCGGAAGAGGUCACACGAGGCCCUUAACACCAGCAUGCCCAAGAAUAAAGGUAAAGGAGGUAAAACCAGGCGCAGGGGUAAGAAUGAGAAGGAAUCUGAAAAAAGAGAGUUGGUGUUUAAAGAGGAUGGACAAGAGUAUGCUCAGGUAAUUAAAAUGCUGGGGAAUGGACGAUUGGAAGCAUUGUGUUUUGAUGGUGUAAAGAGGUUAUGCCAUAUCCGAGGAAAAUUGAGAAAAAAGGUUUGGAUAAAUACUUCAGACAUUAUAUUGGUUGGUCUACGAGACUAUCAGGAUAGCAAAGCUGAUGUAAUUUUCAAGUACAAUGCAGAUGAAGCUAGAAGUCUGAAGGCAUAUGGCGAGCUUCCAGAACAUGCUGAAAUCAGUGAAACAGACACAUUUGGUCCUGGAGAUGAUGAUGAAAUCCAGUUUGUUGAUGCUGAAGAUGAUGAUGAAGACAUUGAAAAUAUCUAAAUUGAACUGAGUGAUUUUACAUUUGAAGUUUUCUGAGGAUUGCUCUCCAGUUGGGAUUUUGACUAUCACCAGUUAAGAGAAAUUCGUUUAGUUUAUAGUUUGUUAAAGCAAACUGAUCUGUCUUCAUUGUUUUAAAGUAUUUAUUUCUGUAAAAGCUGAUGACACCGAAUUAUCUUAAAUGUUAAUACUUUAUUGUUUUGAUGUAAACUUACAGAUAAAAGAUCAUAUUUGCUAUAAAAACAAAUAAAUGCCUUUGCU